CUCUCCACUUUUUUCCUCUUUCAUCUCACUAUCAAACUAAAAAAAAAAAAAAAUGGAGAUGGGUUCAAGCUCACUGCAAAUCUCCACCACUGAGUCCCUGAAUGGUCUCAAGUUAAGGAGUUCAAGCUCUUCUUCCUCCUCUUCCUCAUCCAAAAGCUUAACAAAGCAGCCACCAAGGUGCCAAGUGGAGGGUUGCAGUGUGGAUUUAAGUGGAGCCAAGGCUUACUAUGGCAGGCACAAAGUCUGUGGGAUGCACUCAAAGUCACCAAUGGUGCUUGUUGCAGGCUUAGAGCAAAGGUUCUGUCAACAGUGUAGCAGAUUCCACCAACUUCCUGAAUUCGACCAAGACAAGCGUAGCUGUCGCCGAAGGCUAGCUGGCCAUAACGAGCGCCGAAGGAAGCCACAGCAUUCUUCUUUAGCAUCUCAAAUGCCUUCAUCACCUUCCGACGACGGUAACAGCAGAUGGGGAGGCUUCCUCAUGAACUUUGCUUACCCUCAGCUCGCUGGAAUUAUGGCUAGCGAUCAAACUACGAGCAGGAAAUGGCAGGGUGGGACCCAGCUACCUGCAUCAGAGGGUCCAGGUGUUUUCUCUCUUCUGUCAGCCCAGCCUCGGGGCAAUUCCCUCACCGGGAAUCCAACUCCUACGGAUUCUACUUCUACAAUAUUUGACGGAGCUCCGAUCAUAUCGUUUGAUGGUAAGAGUCAUCCUCUGGAUUUCAAGGCUCCUGAAGCACUGGAACUCAUGUGGAUGCCUAAUGAGCUCAAGCAAGCUCUUGAGAGGAAGAGGCAGUUCAUGCAGUUAGAUGAUGUGGGGAAUUGAUCCCCAUCUACUUCUGUUAUUCGUUAAUUUGUGGUUAAUUUGUGGUUUAUGUGAAGUUUCUGGUUGUUACUUUGAGAAUUUUAGAGCUUUUGAUAUGGAUAUGAUCAUAUGAACAUUAU